GUUUUCAGUGUUUACUAUGAAAGUUAUCCUUUUUUCCCUUAAUUAUUGACAUUUUUAUCACUUCACAAUUCUACUAUUAAUUUCAUUAUUCUAACUCUUCAGUUUAAUUUUAUAUUGUUCAACUUUUUUGUUAGAAAAGCUUUUUAUUAAAUUUCAAUCAAUCACUAAAAUAUGGCAAAUCAUAUGAACCAAAUCUGUCCAGAUUACCACGGAAAACUAAAGGAACCUUUAUUUCCUUUCAGAUAUUUUGUGAUGUUUCUUGUUUUCAUGGCUACGGCCAUUGAAUUUAGUUCGCGUUGUGUACUUAAUGUUGCCAUACUUGCUAUGGUAGGCACUAGAGAGGAGGCAAAUAAUAAUCUCACUAAUUAUUUAGACCCGCAGUCAACCAGGAUUAAUUUCAAUUGGGACCAGAAUGAUCAAGGAAUGGCUCUUGGUGCUUAUUAUUAUACUUAUGCUGCUGUUCAAAUUAUUGCUGGUUCAAUGACUGAUAAAUUCAACAAUGUUCGUCUUUUGGCCCUUUCCCAAUUUCUUGCCAGUUUGUGUACCUUUAUCACUCCAUUGGCAGCUAAAACCAGUCUAACGUGUUUGGUUAUCGUCCGAAUGGUUCUUGGAUUGGUUCAUGGAACUACUUUUCCAACCUUGUACAGUCUGGUUGAUCGAUGGUUUUCAACAACUGAACUCUCGUGGGCUCAAGGUUUACUUGAAACUGGAUGUGACUUUGGUACAGGUCUAUCAAUGUCUUUCACUGCUUGGAUAAGUAAACGUAACCUAUGGGGCGGUUGGCCUGCAGCUUUUUAUAUAAUUGGAAUCCUCAAUUUGAUGUUUACACUAGUUUGGAUAAUCUCGGUUACUCGUGAACCCCAAUCUAACCGAUUUGUUUCUGAUUUUGAAAAAAAGCAACUUGCCGUGAUUGUGGUCAAUAAACUAGAGCCAACAAGAGUAAAGAAAUCAACACCUUGGUUGAAAAUAUUAACCUCAUUACCACUUUGGUCAGUUGUUAUAAGCAAAGGUAUCAAUAAUUUGGUUUAUAACGCUAUCAACACUAAAAUUCCAGUUUACCUCGAAUCAGUUCUCCAUUUUAAGCUUGAAAGCAAUGGACUGAUUAAUGCGAGCUUUUAUCUUGCUGUUAUAUCAUCCGAAUUAACGAGUGGACCAUUAGCUAAAUUAAUAAUUACAAAAGGUUGGUUAUCCAGGACGAUAACAAGAAAACUUUUUGAAUCCGCUGGCCUUACUGGGAUCGGUCUUAGCUUAUUGGCAAUCAGUUAUUUAGGUGAUCAACCCAAUCUCAUUGUCAUCUGUUUGAUACUUUCAAUGUUUUCUUUUGGUUUAUGUGUUGGAGGCAAUAUACCCACAAUACCAGAAAUGGCACCCAAUCUGAUUGGAACCACAUUUGGUUUUGCUAAUACUUUAGCUUGUGCUUCUGGCUUCAUGGCACCAGCAAUUAUUGGAGUUAUUCUUGGAGAUGAACCUGAGUCUGUGAGCAAAUGGACUUUUUCAUUCAAAUUAAUGGCUGGUUUUCAAGUCAUUGCAUUAAUAUUUUUUAAUUUAUUUGCUACAACCGAUCCUCAACCAUGGGGAGAUCAUGAGAAAGAUGAUCAAGUAAAAGAAACAGAACUGAUAGAAUCUCAAUCAAUCAAAAUAAUUUCAAAAAAUCUUGACUAAAAAAUCAUUUCAACAAAUGGUCUAGUCCAUAGUUAUUGACAUUUUGUAUGUCUUAUUCAGUUAAAUUUGGUACAGAUUGUGACAAAUGCAUUUAAAAUCAGACUCUAUUCUAAUUUAUGUAACUUUUAAAUCAAUAAAUUAUUUUUAAAUUUUA